CCUGCGUGGAAACCUCUUACCAUACACCCUAACUAGAAACACAGGGAAAAGAAUGCUGGCAAAUGGAGUUCAGCCUAGCCAACUGGACGUGUUACAAAGCCACAACCACUGGAUCCCCAUUUUUGAGAAUGCGAGAUGCUGGCUUGGAAAUGGACAUGCUAGAGGACCUUAAUUCCCUGCAGUUUGAGUAUGGGAUUCAAGAGGAAGACCGUAGCUGGCUGUAUUUGCUGGGCCGUUCUCAUGGGCUAAUGAUCAAGGCCUGUGCCCAUGCAGCUUUCUUCUGCAAGCUACUUCGUAAUUUGAGAGAGUCAUUCUCCAAAAAAUCAUCACAGGAGAAGAAAAUUUCAGAAGACAUUCCUGAUGAUGAUGAGUUAAAGGUGGGCAUCAUUGGAGGCGGCCACCUGGGGAAGCAGCUGGCUCAUACACUGCUUCAGCUUGUCCCCAUCCCUGCAGAGAGCCUGCGGAUCUCCACACGGAGGCCAGAGGCCCUGGGUGAGUUCAAGAAACUGGGAAUCCAGUGCUUUUACCGUAACUCUUCCCUGGUGCAGUGGGCCAACGUGAUAUUCCUCUGCUGCCUGCCGUCUCAGCUGCCUAACAUCUGUGUAGAAAUUCAAACCAGCCUUGAAAAGGCCUGCAUUGUGUACAGCUUUGUAGCUGCCAUCCCAAUACCCAGGUUGAAACACCUACUGAACCACACCAAUAUCUUGCGGACUCAGUAUCAGUGUGUUGAAGAUCUUGACAAUAUCUGGGGGGCCAAUAAGGAAAUCACAGCUGCUCUCCAAGAUCCUGUGAUUCUUCAGGCUACCUGCCCCUACAGUCCUGCUGGGGGAAUAAUCCUCAAUGUCAAGUGGUUGGAAGGCGUGUUCUAUGCAGCCAUAAACACCUGCACAAGAAAGGACAUGUCCCACUCACAAGUGCUGCAGCUUCUAAAUGAACUGUUCCUCUCUGUGCACUUCGAGACCUGUGGGAAAGACGGAGCAUCCUGCCGAAAAUUUCAAGUACAAGAUUUUGUCAGCAAAGCCUAUGCUGAGAACCUGUCUCAGAAAAGGCCUUUCCCCUGGUUUGAUCUGACUGCUGUGCAACUCAAAGAAACUCCCUUUAGCCAGUAUCUCUCAAACAGCACUGCUCUCCAGGACCAUCUUACCCAUCUAUAUUGUGACUCAUUUGGCAUCUCCCUAACCAAACAACAACAGCCAACAGAGGUUUCCAAGGGUUCUCUAUCGCAAUAAGAGACCAGACUUCAGGAGUCAGGAUUUCUCCCUCUACAAUGGUUGUACCCUGAUUAUCACAAUUGACAGUGGAAGUUAUGUAUGGUGUUUGCCAUAUGUUAGACAAUAAGGAAUUAGAAAAUUGUACUGAUGGCUCUUUAAAAUGUAGAAUAAAAUAAGACAUCCUUUACA